UGUCCCCAGGGUAGAACGAACAACUUUCACUAAGCUCCAAGGGGAUGUGGAGAUUCUCAAACAGACUCUGUUCUUACUCGAGUCGCAUCGCACAAUUUAAUCUGCCUAAACGAACCCUCCAAACCCUCAAUCGUCGCCACGCCCAAGUCGAAUCUCCCGCAACAGAAACAAUGUCCGGCACCGGGGAAUCACUCCCACCGCAAGGUCAAACCGAUUACUCGACCUGGACCACGGAGGGCCUGAUAUCCAGGAUCACCGAGCUAGAGCGCCAGCUGCAUUCCCGUACUGCGGAAUUUGCGCCUCCACCUUCGAAAAUCGCUAGCGAUCCUGUACCUUCGAACACAGUCCCAAGCAUCCCCACCGAGGCAGCGAAACCUUCCUCAAAGGGUGCGCGUAAAUAUCAGCCUCUCCCAAAGGAUGAUAUCACACAUACUCGUGCGCCGAAUCGUCCCCCGAAGCAACCCCGAGAAAUCGAUCCCUCCAAAUACAACACCCGGUUUAUAGCUCUUAAGUUCGCAUAUCUAGGACAGCGGUACAACGGUCUCGAACAUGCCAAUGGCAACGUCACACCGCUCCCUACGAUUGAAGAGGAGAUGUGGAAGGCUUUGCGGAAGACUCGCCUGAUUUUUCCACAAAAUGCGGAGGCGGAUGAUUUUGAGGAUACUCGGGGCCCAAGAGUACUGAAGCCGUACUCGAUCAAUUGGGAAGGAUGCCAGUAUUCUAAGGCUGGUAGGACUGACCGGGGUGUCAGCGCCUUUGGACAAGUUAUCGGUCUAAGGGUACGUAGCUCGCGGCCCAAGCGCGAUAAUAUUUCGCAGGCGGGCCCUAACUCAGAUACUAUCAUGCAAACUGGAGAUGAAGCCACUACGGCCGAUAUUGCCGCGGAGGAUACCUGGGAUGAUAUCGCGGAUGAAUUACCAUACCUAAGUAUUCUAAAUAGAGUACUCCCAGAGGACAUCCGUGUCCUAGCUUGGUGUCCACACCCCCCUGAAGGUUUCGAUGCCCGUUUCUCUUGUCGGGAGCGUCAUUACAAAUACUUCUUUACCCAACCGGCCUUUUCUCCAACACCAGGCCAUCUCGGAUUUAGCUCACGUGCAAAUGACAAGGCAGGAGUCAGCCGCACAAAAUACAGAGAAGGGUGGUUAGACAUCGACGCUAUGCGCGAAGCAGCGAAGUACUUUGAAGGGGUACACGACUUCCGCAAUUUUUGCAAGCUGGAUACCAGCAAACAAAUCGAGAACUUCGAGAGGAUCAUCUAUCACUCUGAUAUUGAGCUCCUCGACCCCAGAAGUAGCCCAUUAGGUUAUGUUGGUCAACCGGGAUUCCAAGCUCUGGAGGACCCUGCUGUACAACAAACGCCAGAGACAUUUACGCCAACCCCCUCUCAAGUAUAUGUAUUCAACCUGAGAGGUUCUGCUUUCCUGUGGCAUCAAGUGCGGCACAUGGUGGGUAUUUUAUUCUUAGUGGGCCAGGGGCUCGAGUCACCGACUAUUGUACCAGAUUUGUUAGACAUAACCAAGAACCCACGCAAGCCGACUUAUGAGAUGGCCUCCGAUGCUCCCCUUGUCCUUUGGAACUGCGUAUUUCCCGAUGAGAAAAGCGGCAGCCGUGCAGAUGCACUGGAGUGGAUCUAUCCUGGAGAUUCCAGGCAGAUUAAAUCACAAUUGGGCAAGGGAAGUGGCAAGUUCGGAUCCGGAGGAGUAGUUGACGGCCUUUGGUCCGUCUGGAGGCAACGAAAGAUCGAUGAGAUUUUGGCUGGUACAUUACUAGACCUUGUUGUCAGUCAAGGGGACCAAGGGAUUGUCAACGGUGAAGUUAAGGGUGCCAAAGAUGAACAACAAAAACGCGGUCAAAAAGUUUUCUACGGCGCAAAUGAACCAAGAACCGGUGGACAGUACACACCCGUCAUGCAGAAAAGAAAGACGGACCCUGUGGAAGUUCAAAACGCCAGGUGGCUUGCGGCCAAACAGCGGAAAACUGAAAAGGGCGCAGAGCCCAGUCACAUGGAGAUGUAGAAAGGGAUUCCACUUGCAUGUACAUACCUUUAUAGACUUGAUAGCCGAAGGGGGUAAUCUAACAAAACAAUAUGACGAUGCCUGUUUCAAAAGGAACAAUUGAAACUUU